GCAAAGCGAAGCGACACCCUUAUGUGUGUUGUGAGCAAAGCUUGCAGGAGCACACAUGCAUGCACAGCACAUGCAAUGAGAACAGCACAGGCGUGUGUGUGUGUGUGUGGAUGCUGGUGUGUGUGAUGCGCGAGCAUUGUGUGUGGGUGUGAUGAGGCACAUGUGGGGAGGCGAGCAAGCGAUUGCUCGUGUCUCUGUGUGUGUUCUUGUGAUCACUCGCAUGAGCAAACGCAUCUCUACUACACAGAAGCAAAAGCGACACACGACAUAUGCGCUUGUGGCGAGCAACGACUGUGUUUGCGGAAAGAGGGCGAGCUGAUUGUUCAGCCUCCUCUGAGUGUGACAGUGUGAAGCGCUGGACAUUCUUCUCACACGAACACGCAUUGUUGGCUCUUGAUUGUUCUUCUCUCCUCACAGUGAUGUGACAUAGCGAGACGCAGGAAGCAAGCCUGCACGCAUGGUGCAUUGAGACCCGGGCACAGCGAUGUGCCUGGCGCGUAGAUGACGUGUGUGCGCAUGAACGGGCAUGCAUUUUCCUUGUGUGUGUAGCUGUGCGUUGGGAGAAGGGCGAUGAGCCAACAUGUGUUCGUGUGUUGGGGAGUGGCUGGCAGUUGCUUUGCUGCACACGUGGAUGUGGCACAGUGAAAACAAAACGUUGUCAGCUGUGUGUUGUGGGUGUGGCUGUGGUUGCCUUUGGAGGCAAGACGCAGCCCGCUGUGACAUGCGGGUCGAUGAAGUAUUGCGAGCGAGAGCAAGCAAAGCUUUGCAUGGAUUGCUGGUGUUGAGCCAAAAGUCUAUGAUGUUGAAGCAAGUUGCAAGCCGCUGGCGGAGUGACGGCAAAGGCACAUGGAAGUGUGUUUUCUCUGCUGUGAUCUCUGAUAGAGGGUGGGCGCUGUCUGCUGUUUUGAAUAGCGGCAGGUGGCGACUGUCCUUGAUGACACCAAGCUUGCGCAUGCAGGAGGCAAUCCCGCCGUGAGAGCGGUGUGGAUUGUUCUUCUUGAGAGGGUGCCUUGAGCAACACUCGAUCAUGAGUGGAGGCAAACUGUGCUGUGAGCACGAUGAUGAUGUUGGGCACGCACACAUGCGUGGAUGAAGUACAUUUGAUGCGAAACAGUGUUGUGUGUUGUUUCGAAAGAGAGCCAUGCGCACUGCAUGCUGCUGAUGGGCACGUGCUGCCAUUGUACUUGUGUGUGCUGUGUAUUGUGUGUUGUGUGAGCAACGUUGCGUUGUUUGCACACACACAUAUGCACAUGCAUAGACAAACUACAAUGGUAGUGCGUGUGUUUUGUUGGCAGAGCAGGUUGUUGGCACUGGCACUCACUGGAAAACAGCACACACACGUUGUGUAUUUGCAUUGAAUGACACUGCUUCAUCCACACACCUUUUUGUGUGUGUGUGUGUCUGGGGUUGUUGUUGUGUGCAUAGCCACAAGAACAAAACCAAAAAGAAAAACAGAACGACCCGAGUGGCACGUGCAGCGAUGUGCGUGUUGCUUGUGGAAGCUUUGUUUGUUGGGGUGCAGGAGGAGUGAGUGAGUGAACAGCGAAGGAAAGAAGGGAAG